AUGUGCAAGAGCUUUCCCGCGCUGCAACGACUGUCUUUUGGCGCCAAGUACUCGUCUUCAGACAGUGCCAAGUGCUCGUACGUCAUCAGACAUAUUGUCAAGAGAUACAAAAACAGCCUUGAUUAUCUGCGCUUGGACUGGUACAAGGCCGAGCCAACUUUCCACGGCUGGAACGCGGCGGAUUUGUUUGAAGCCAUCAAUGGCGAUUGGCUCGCACUGCCGCUGAUUUCGGCCGUCGGCGACAACUGCAGCCAGAUGCGCAGUGUGACCGUGGACUGCAAACAGCCGCCGGCCGACGAGGCCGCGGUUCGUAGCAUGCUGGACUCGAAAAGUAUUGGCCAUGAGUUUUGCUACACCGUCGCAGCUGAGCCGGCAGACUCCGACCAUUUUUCCCGUUACGGCAUUGACGAAAGUGGCGACAGUGAUGACAAUGAAGAGAGCGAAGAAAGUGACGGCAGUGAUGAUAUCGAAGAGAGCGAAGAAAGUGACGACUAG